AUGGCGGCCACAAAAGAGCUUCGCAUUGGUGUUUUCAUCCCCAGUGGGGCCCAACUAUUGGACCUCUCGCCUAUCGAUCUCUUCGGAAUGAUGUCUCCAGAGUAUCUGCGAGCUUGUACACUUCCUGCCCUAAUUUUCGAGUUGGGUACGCCGUCCACGAUCUAUUAUAUUUCCAUGCCAGAAAGCGGUACACACAUCGAGCUUACGGCAAAGGCAAUCUUGAAGAUCUCCAAGACGACAAAAGAUAAGGAAGUUCAGCCGGGUAUGCUUGAUAUCCUUCUAGUUCCUGGGCCAAACCCUGCUACGAUCUUUGAUGCCGAGGUGCUGGACUUUGUCAAUGGGCAUGCUGCUUGGAGAGGAAACGAUGGAAGGUCGACUGAUAUAUUGAGCGUCUGUACUGGAUGUAUCAUCCUCGGUCAAAGUGGAAUCUUGAAGGGAAAGAAGGCUAGCGGUCCGAGGGGGCUCGUGCCGAAGUUGCGAAAGGAUUUCCCUGACACGACCUGGGUUGAUGACAAGAGAUGGGUGAAAGAGGGAAGCAUUUGGACAAGCGGUGGGAUCACAAAUGGUCAGGAAAUGGUAGCAGAAUAUAUCAGGAAGAACUUUCCCGGACCUGCGUCGGAGGCCGCGCUGGCAAUGGCAGAUGUAGGCCAGAAGGGCAUCGAGUAUACCAAAAGUAAUACGAGGGAGACUCUAUGGUGGCUAUGGCAGAUCUUAAGGGCCUUCACGGUGGGAAAUGGGAAGCCAAAGAAAGCAUAA